AUGUAUAGCGGAGCGCAUCCCGACACAUCCACAUGGAGACAUUUGUAUCCCCGUCACAGGUGGCGCCAAGAAACCUUUGCAUGGAGUGAUGAGCUUCGUGUGCGCAACCGCGAGGCCUUUGGCAACCGUGACUUCCGCCACAACCAGCUGGGCAUUAUGAACUCCACGCUCUCCAAUAAAGAUGUGUUUGUGCUCAUGCCUACAGGUGGAGGCAAGAGCUUAUGCUAUCAACUGCCAGCGUUGCUCUCCAAGGGCGUCACGAUUGUGGUGUCCCCUCUCGUCUCUCUCAUUCAAGACCAAGUGCACCAUCUGACUGUGCUCGGCAUCCCCGCAGCCUUUGUGGGCGGUUCCAUGGACUGGAAGCAGCAGGCCCGCCCAGCUGAUUUUUUUUCCGCUGUGUUGCGCUGUUGGCAGGUGCUGUUCAUCACCCCCGAGAAGCUGUCAGCAUCUGGCAAGCUGCAGAGCACCCUGGACAGUCUGCAUCGGCGUGGCCUGCUGGCUCGAGUGGUCAUUGACGAGGCACACUGUGUCAGUCAGUGGGGCCAUGACUUCCGCAAGGACUACACUCGCCUCUCCUUGUUCAAGCAGCGCUUCCCUUCAGUGCCGCUGCUGGCGCUGACCGCCACUGCCACAGAACGCGUGCAGCAUGAUGUGGUUGCCCAGCUGGGCAUCAACCGCUGCCUUGUGUUCAAGAACUCUUUCAACCGUCCCAACCUCAGGUAUGAGGUGCGGCGGAAGAAGAAGGGGUGCGUGGACGAGAUGGCAGAGCUGAUUCUACAGAAUUUUUUGAAGAAAUGUGGAAUUGUGUACUGCCUUUCGCGCGCCGAGUGCGAGCGCGUGGCAGAUGACUUGGAGGCCAAGCUGGCAGAUGCAAUCUAUCCACUGCACUACCAUGCCAGCUUGUUGCCCGAGGAACGCGAGGCGGUGCAAGCAGAGUGGACUAAUGGCGAUGUCCCCAUCAUCGUAGCUACGAUAGCUUUUGGCAUGGGCAUCAACAAAUGUGAUGUGCGGUUCGUGCUCCACUACUCGCUGCCCAAAUCGUUAGAGGGCUACCUGCAGGCAAGCGGCGGGCGGGCUGGGCGUGAUGGGCGCAAGGCCUCCUGCAUCCUCUACUACACUUAUGGGGAUGCUGCCAAGUCACGCCACAUGAUUCGCACCUCGGCGCAGGAAAACAAUGCGCCAGAUGAGCAGAUCCGCUCUAACAUGGAAUCUCUCAAUGCCAUGGUGAAUUACUGCGAGGAGCAGGUGGAGUGCCGCCGCGUGCUGAUGCUGAGCCACUUUGGGGAGGGCAGCUUCACUCGUGCACAGUGCAAUGGCACCUGCGACAACUGCAACGCCACUGCGGGGCAGAGCCUUGUGCAGACGGAUGUGUCAGAAGCAGCCAAAAAAGUGGUGGAGGUGAUUCGGUGCAUCGGCAGCGCCUCUUUGAGCCACGUGGUGGAUGUCUUCCGGGGCAACAACACCGUGGGAGUGCGCAAGAUGGGCCACGGCAGCGUCGCUGUGCACGGUAUUGGCAAGGCCUUCUGUCGCAACAAUGGCGAGGCGGAGCGGCUGGUGCGGCGCAUGGUUGUUCAGGGAAUACUCCUGGAGCAGACUCACCGGCCAGAGAUGCACCUGGCGGUGGUGUCCACCCUGGCGGUGAACGAAAUGGCGGCUGCGUCCCUGUUGUCCGGCCAGCUGAAGAUGAAGAUGUACGUAGCGCAGAGGGCUGGGUCUGGUGGCGAUGGCAGCAAGAGCCGUGCGGGGCGCAAUGGUGCCGGUGCUGCC